CUCCACCCAGAGGUCCAUGUAACGAAGCUGAAAUACAAAGUGUUCACAGGGUUGAAAGACUUUCCUAGGACAUCGCCAGUAAAUAAAGGACCUUACCAGGACACCUUGGAAUUUUUGUUGGGUAGUAGAGAUGAAUGUAAGAACUUCUGGAAGAUUUGUGUGGAGUAUCACACCUUUUUUAGACUUUUUGAUCAACCUAAGCCAAAAGCAAAAGCCAUCUUCUUCAGUCGGGGGUCCUCCUUCAGAUACAGUGGAAGAACUCAGAAACAACUAGUAGAUUGUGUCAAGGAGGGUGGGAUGAAGAGAGCUCCAUACGAAAGAAAGCACAGCAAGACUCGGAUAUCUAUCCAUGCUCUGACUGCAGACCAGCCAAAACAGAGCAUCUCAUUCACUGAGGGAUGGAGGACUUCUGCCUCCCCAUCUUCAGCAAAUGCCUCCUCUUAUCUGUUCCCUACCUCUGCUUUGACCACCCCUGGCCUGCUCGACUUCAAGGACAGCAGCGGCUCCCUUAUGGAUUCCCAGGUUUCCUAUGUCAAGAGUCCAGCUGCAGAGAGGAGCAGCAGAGCAGCGGCUGAAGGCCCUGACACGCAAUCGGCCCAGACCUCUGGGCCCCCCACGCUCCAGCCUGUUCCAGGUGUCAGGUUUUGUCAUGUUGUGAGCAGUUGUGGUUCCAUCUGUCCUUCAGGGCAGAGUCUCAGUGCCUUAGACCUAGAUGCAGGGAGGGCUGACGGGGAGCACAGAACUGCUGGUAAAAAUGACAAUGGUGAGGAUGACUUUACCACAGGCUUGUUCCAUCCCAGUGGGGAGCACUGGUGUGACCGGCAGUGCCGAGGGGGUGGCCCUGUUUUCACAUUGACAAAUACUCAGCUGCAGGUCUCUGAAGAGUUCAUAGAUGAUGAUCCAGCAGACAUCUCUUUCUUUGCUGGAGGCUCUGAGGCAUUCUCUUUCCCAUACAGCUCUUUAAUCUCACAGGAACCUCGGGUACCUGCCCAGCCCACCGCAUCCCCUCCUUUGUGUGGUCCAGAUGCCUUCCGGCAUCCGGAGUCUGCUCAGUCCAGCCCAGACAGGUACUCCACUGAGGCAGUAGACAUGAACGUAGAAGACGAUUUUGAAUUUGAGGAAGAAAGUGACUUCAAUGGCAAUGUGCACCCCUCAGACACCUCCGAGCUCUUUGAGGUGAAGGCACAAGCAAGCCUGAUGCAGAGCCUGUUGAGUCCUUCUGAGACUAGCUCUCUUAGGAACAAUCAGUCUGAAAACAGCUCCCUCAAUAACAUGCCGCUGCAUGGCGGGCUCUCUUCGCACAUGUCCAGCUCGGCCAAUCAGUCUGAGGCCAGCUCUAUGGUCAACUUCCCAGCCUACUCAGUCCGGUCAGAAUCCAGCUCAGCCUUCCAGUUCUCUGACAUCAUCGACCAGUUAGAGCAGCUCAGCUACCCGCCCACAACAGCUGAGGACUCCAGCAGCACAGACACAGAUUCGUGGGACUCCGAGGCUGAGGCCCCCCUAGACGUGAGCCUUUUCUUCAGCAACUCUUUCGCACAGACAAGUGGAGAGAGAGUCACUUUCGAUUUACAGAACAAUUUAAAGAAUCUGACUCCAGGAGAGCAGAUAGAUAAAAACCCAUCUUGACCAUUCCAGGUUCCUUUACAAGGUGAC